UUAGUGCAAUACUUGUUCAUCUGAACUCGGAAGAACACAUUAUGCCUGAUCCAGCAAAGACCGCGCCCAAGAAGGGCUCCAAGAAAGCCGUUACUAAGACCGCAGGCAAAGGCGGCAAGAAGAAGAGAAAGACCAGGAGGGAGAGCUACGCCAUCUACGUGUACAAGGUGCUGAAGCAGGUUCACCCCGACACCGGCAUUUCCUCCAAGGCCAUGAGCAUCAUGAACUCCUUCGUCAACGACAUCUUCGAGAGGAUCGGCAGUGAGGCCUCCCGCCUGGCGCACUACAACAAGCGCUCCACCAUCACUUCCAGGGAGAUCCAGACCGCCGUGCGCCUCUUGCUGCCCGGAGAGCUGGCCAAGCACGCCGUGUCCGAGGGCACCAAGGCCGUCACCAAGUACACCAGCUCCAAGUAAACUGUCCCCCUGCGCUUAAAAACCCAAACAACGGCCCUUUUCAGGGCCACCCACAACUAAAAGGGGCGCUUUCUGUUAUUUUUUGACAGUGACAAUAUUCCUGUUAAAGACUGAAAUAUAUGUGAAUAUGUAAGAUGAGUUGCUGUGAUGGGGUAUUAUUUUCAUUGAGUACACUAUGCUGAAGAGGCUAACUGUUUUCCUAACAUUUUUACGGUUUUUAAACUAAUGCAGAAAAGCAAAAUGUUCAAAGACUCCUUUCCAGGAGUAGGAUCUGGAAAGAAACCUGGAAGAGUUUUUUUUUUUUUUAAAUACUGACUACAUGUGCUUCCAUGUCUUCAAAACUAUCUUCACAUUGUUUCCUUUGUGUUCAAUUUGGUCCUUUUCGUCGUGCAGGGUGUUUUGUGUAAUUUUUGUCACUCCAAUCAAGUCCAUCACAUAUCACCACGACACAAGAGGCAUGGAGAUUGAUCACCCUGUGGUACUGCUUAGAUGUAACGGAAGCCCAGGUAGCUUUGUUAGCGGCCUUCAGAUCAUCUGUAUUGCUGCAUCUGACGUUUCUCGUCUUGUCAAUAUCCCAACGAUUUUCUGUGGGGUUUAGGUCGGGUGAGUUUGCAGGUCAAUCAUGCACAGUAACACCACAGUUUACAAAAGAUAUGCAAAUUUAAUUUGCUCUUUCAGUUUUGGAAUUUGUGCUCAAAUUAAGACUUAUGUGUCAAGCGAUUGAAAAGAACUGUAAAAUGUCAAAUAGUUUAACAUUAGAUCCACUGAAAAUUCUUUGAGAUAUGACGUCACAAUCCCGAAUUCUAUUGGUGAAAGAAUGGC